CUCUUUGGGAAGUACCGUCCCUGGGCAGGUGACUGUAGAAUGUUGGAAAUACUGUUGUGCAGUAAAGUUCUUUGAGCGAUAAAGAGCUGUCAUGACAAGACCUGGCUCUAAAAAGAGAUUCCUCUCAGCCCCCAUGUUUAUGUGGUGUGUUUGUGUGUGUGUGUGUGUGUGUGUAUCUUUUUCAUUAACCUCCCAUAAGCUCGGUUUUCUCAUCCAAAAAAAUGAGAGUUUAGUUAUAAGAAUAAAGUGAACAUAUAUUUGCCCUUUGGUAAUAUUUACUAUUAACCCUUUUAUGAAAUAGGAAAAGUGUAUCAUUUUAGAAAAAUACUAUCUCUUUUAGAAAAAUAGGGUAAAAUUACAGCAGGGGUUCAGAAGAAAGAGGCAACUCAAGAAGGUGAUAAUUUGUAAUCUUAGAUUACAAAUGACAGUAAAAGAAUAGAUUUGGUGAUUCCACUGGAAUGAAAGAGAGGGGAUGGAAUUAUUCUAGAACUUUUUAAAAGUUGACUAUAGAAACUUUAUGACAAGCAAUGUACAGCACAAGUAAGAAAGAGACAGGUUUGGGAUCUGUGGUAGAAGAACCAUGCGUGCUUGCUGAUGAGAGGGAUUCAGCAUGGAACAUGGCUAACCUUGGGGUUAGUGGGCUUCAGUCAUGCAGAAUUAUUGAAUAGGUGCUUUGCUUUUAGGUUUUCAGGUUUUUUUUUUGUUUGUUUGUUUGUUUUUUAGGUCUUUACAAACUUUUAAAUACCAAUAAGAUCAAGGGGGAGACCAGGCAUGGUGGCACAUGUCUCUACUUGUAACACUUGGAAGGCUUUAUUCAGGUGAUCACAAAUAUGAUGGAUUACAUAUAGCUCAACCUCCAACUGGGAAAAUUGUGAAUGAACUUUUCAAAGAGGCAAGGGAACAUGGAGCUGUCCCUCUAAAUGAAGCCACAAGAUCUUCAAGGGAAGACAAAACUAAGUCAUUUACAGGUGGAGGAUACAGAUUGGGGAAUUCCUUCUACAAACGAUCAGAGUAUAUCUAUGGAGAAAAUCAGCUCCAAGAUGUUCAGGUUUUACUGAAGCUGUGGAGCAAUGGUUUCAGUUUAGAUGAUGGAGAAUUGAGGCCUUACAAUGACCCAACAAAUGCUCAGUUUUUGGAAUCUGUUAAGAGAGGAGAGAUUCCCCUGGAGCUUCAGCGAUUGGUCCAUGGCAGCCAAGUGAACCUGGAUAUGGAGGAUCAUCAAGACGAAGAGUACAUAAAACCCAGGCUGCGAUUCAAGGCUUUCAGUGGAGAAGGGCAAAAACUCGGAAGCCUUACACCUGAAAUCGUCAGUACUCCUUCCUCCCCAGAAGAAGAGGAUAAAUCAAUACUGAAUGCAGCUGUUCUUAUUGAUGAUUCAAUGCCCACCACAAAAAUUCAGAUCAGGCUGGCAGAUGGAAGUCGUCUCGUACAGAGAUUCAAUAGCACACACCGGAUUCUGGAUGUACGAGACUUUAUAGUACAGUCACGUCCUGAAUUUGCAACUACUGACUUUAUUCUUGUGACGUCAUUUCCAAGUAAAGAACUGACAGAUGAAAGCGUGACACUACAAGAAGCGGAUAUUCUUAACACUGUGAUACUGCAACAGCUAAAAUAGUAUUGCUCCAGCCCGUGUAGUAGCAUAUAGGAGUAGGUAAUGCUGUGUGUAUUGGUAAAAUACUUCCAGCAUAAAACAACCAGGUUAUUUUUAUUAUUCAGAAAUUCUGGUUUUCCUGUUAUUCUGUCUUUCAGUCUUUGUCUAGAUAAAUUUAGACUAAGGAUAGAUCUUGAUGUUUGAAUUCUUAGUUGUAGGGCUGGCUUGUAUUGAUGGCUUAUAAAUGUUUAGAUCAGUCAACUUAUUACAUGCUCAGUGCUAAAUGUAAUAACAUUUUCAGAUGAAACGAACAGAACCCCUUUUUGGUAAGUGUAUUUGAUAAAAUUUGCACUCAAGUUUCUUAAUGUAGCAGUGACCAGUAGCCAGAAAGGAUCCUUCACUGUAAUAUAUGCCAUAGUGUCUCCCUUGAGUUUGAAAUUGUUUGUUCAUACAACAAUUAAGAUUUUGCAUAUUCUUUUUGCAUAUUGUUUAAACUAUGCUAGUACCACAAAAUAUAUUUUUUUCCUUCUGUUUUAUAAAAUUACAACUGUCAUAAACUGAAUUUUAAUAGAUAAAAAAGUCAUCAGCUCUUGGUAAGAUGUGAUAAACAGCACUCCUUUGCAGAGCCUGUGUGUAUCACAGUCGUUCACUCAUUCAGCAUUUCUCUAGGGUCUCUGUCACACACAGACACCGCUGGAGGUUUCCAACACAUAAUAUAUUCCUCAGUGUAGGAACUCAGUCUGAGAGACUGAAGUCAAAAUUACCAGCAAGAUGUUUGUGUUUCCCUGGUCCAGGCACUUCUUGGAUAGCUUGGGAAAUAUCAAAAAUGGCAGGAAUACUUGUUUGCCCCCUGAGCUCCAUCCUAUCCAUGGUCACCAUUUCUCUGUCAUUUCCUGGUGUUGACAUAAGAAAGUACAAAAUUUGUGACUGAAGUAGCACCGCUUUAGAAGUAUGUAAGUGGGAAGUGGACACAGAAUUCCUCCCUGGCUGCUCAGCCUCCAGAGACCACUGUGCCCCAUCCCCAUGGUGCUCUCCAUCAUCUAACAGCCAGCAUUGCUGCUCUCUGACAAUGAUAAGAUAGGAAGGAGCACAGGGCAAGUCGUUGGCACUGCCGAGUGUGAACUUUAUAGUAACCUUAAUCAUUCUUCAGAGUUGCUCUUUCUUUGGAGGGAUUGACAUGCUUUUUUACCCGAGUCCACACUGUCUCUAAGAUUCAUUUGCCAAAUAAACUCACCCCAUUCACAGGUGCUCAGGUAUCCCAGCCUGUUACAUUGAUGCCAGCUCCAAAACCUUAUCUGGAUUUUAUUGACUCAGAAGUCCCAAAUCUCAUUAAGA